UAGGUCGAUUUAUCGUACACGAUUAAAUUCAAACAAGUUCAAAGAGGAGCAGAUGCAGUUAGCUGUUAACCGUCGUCGAGAUUUUACGAGACUCGAAGCGUUGUACGUUCUUGUUCGUAUUUCUAAGCAUUUGCGUUGAUUUUAUGAUUGGGAAGAUUUUGGUCCUUCUUUAAAUUCACGUUAAAGAAGAAAUAGACGCUGAUAGUUGUUAACCAUCAUUGAGAUUUGAGGAUCAAAGCAUCGUGUGUUUCUAGACAUCGAUUACGACGCUCCUUUUGAUCGCAAGGAUUUUAGUUCUUUAUUUAGAAAACAAGAAAUCGACUCGUAUGAAAAUAAGCAGACAUGUUGCGCAAAUAUUAGGUAAUUGUACGAUAAGCGAUAAGAUAGCGAUUAUUUGAGUUACUACAAUUGUGAUUGCAAGGAGUGAUUGUGUUAUUGUGAUCUACAAGCUUUUAGUUUUUGCACGAAGUAUAUUGAAUUUGAUUAUAAUUUGAUGUGAACUACAGAUAUGUCAAUAUAUAUGAGAUAAUAUAUUAGACAAUGUGAUUUUAGGAAAAAUUUUUUACAAUACAAUAUAUGCAUGUCUUAUUUGAUGUUUGAGCUAUAAAAUUACUUUAUACAUAAAUACAGAUGGAAUCUCGUUUACCAAGACCAAAAGUGACAUUAACAAAAGCAAUUUCUACAAUGGAGGUAAAUAUUAAAAGUAUAAGUAACAAAAUAGCUAAAGAGGAAAAUAAUAUUCCGGCAUCAGUAUCGAAUGCAAAAUCAACAGCAACAAGUUCUUUUGCUUCAAAAUCUACUUAUCCUAUAAAAGAGAAUAAACCACCAACUCUAGUCCGUGCAAAAACUUUAUCUACAAUCACACGAUCGAACAAUGUAAAAACUGUGAAAAGAAUGGGUACUACUAUAACACAUGGAGAGACAAAGAAACCAUGUCUCAAACCUUCUGUUACAAAAGCAGUAACAAACAAACCAAAUAGUAAACCAUUGAUAACUAAUAGUACAGCAGGAAAAACGAAUAAAGUAAUACAGAAUAAUACCGACAAGUUAAAAAGAUGGGACUUACGUGGUCGCUUAGCACAAACAAGUGAUAAAUUAUCUGCUGCCCAACAAAAAAGUAAAGAUAUAGAGUCAAAAUAUAAUGAGUUAAAAGAAUUAGUGAAUACUUUAGAAGCUAGUGAGGCUACAUGCAGAACUAAAGCGGAAAAAUUCGAGGAGUCGAACAAUAUUUUAACUAAUGAAGUUCAAACUUUAACGACAGAAAUAUCUACAUUGCAAAAACAUCAAAAAGAUUUAGAAACACGUUUAAAAAAGGAGGAAGAACUCUGUAAAAACAUUACUUGUGUAUUGAAUGAAUAUAAAGAGAAAUGUAAAACACAAGAGACACAGAUUACAGAACAAGCAACACAAUUGACAACUUUGAAAGCUGACUUGGAAUUAAAAAAAGAGAUAAUUGAGAAUCUGACUAACACCAAGGAACAGUUACAAAUAUUGACAUAUAAAAUGGACAAAGAAUGUAGAUCAUUACACAAUAAUAUACAAGAAUUAAAAGGCAAUAUCCGGGUAUUUUGUAGAGUUCGUCCGAGAACUCCAAAAGAGACGGAACAAAUGAAAGCAUUGUGUAAUAUAAAUUAUAUAGAUGACUGCACUAUUGAAAUCAGUAAAUCAGAUGGAUCAGAUGCAAUGAGCUGUAGUGGAAAGCAACGAGGAAUAAAACAAGAAUUUUCAUUUGAUAAAGUAUUCAGUCAUAAAGCGUCCCAAGAAGACAUAUUUGAAGAAUUAUCUCUUUUAGUACAGUCAGCUCUUGAAGGAUAUAAUGUUUGUGUAUUUGCUUAUGGCCAGACUGGUUCUGGCAAGACAUACACAAUGGAAGGAGAAAUGAGUAAAUUGACCGAAGGCAUGAUACCUAGAACUGUACGUCAUAUAUUUAAAGAAAGAAAACAAUUUGAGCUUCUUGGUUGGGAAUACCAAAUAAAAGCCAGUUUCUUGGAAAUAUAUAAUGAACAUAUAAUCGAUCUCCUCGAUUCGCAACCAAAGACACAUGAUAUACGAAUGGUGGAUAGCAAAGGUCAGGAUUUAUAUGUGACCAAUUUGAAGAUAGAAGAAAUACAUAGCCCAGAAGAAUUGUACAAAUCUCUAGAAACUGCACAACGCAAUCGAGCUGUUGCAGCAACACAAUCAAAUGAGCGAUCAUCUAGGUCACAUUCAGUAACGAGAAUACAAUUAAUUGGUACACAUAGUACAAAACAAGAAAUAUCUAUAGGAAACUUGAAUUUAGUGGACUUAGCAGGAUCCGAACGUUUAAAGAGUGAAGAAGUUGUGAGAACUACAGAAACAAAAAAUAUUAAUAAAUCCUUAGCAAAUCUUGGUAAUGUUAUUUUAGCUCUUUUAAAAAAACAGGAACAUGUUCCAUAUAGGAAUUCUAAAUUGACACAUUUACUCAUGCCUUCUCUAGGAGGCAAUUCUAAAACUUUAAUGUUGCUCAAUAUAUCACCACUAGACGAGUGUUAUAAUGAAACAUUAAAUUCACUGAGAUUUGCUAGUAAUGUCAAUAAUUGUAAAACUGGGAAUAUUAAACGUAGCCGAAUGCUUUUGCAAAAUACAUCAAACUGAGUUUUAAAAUGUUAGUUUUAAUAA